AUGGCGCUGUGGCGGGGGACGCGUGGCCGGGCUCUGGAGCGGCGGCGGGAGCAGGAGGCGCAGAGCCGGCUGUGCUGGGAGAACUACAGCCGCUCGCUCGCCCGCGCCGCGAUCUGCUGCUCCGCUCAGGCACGGUGGAGCGCGCCGCGGGGUGCCAGCGGCCCGAGCCCGGGGCGGCGGCAGGCGGCGGAGCGGCUGGAGCAGCUGGAGCAGCGCAGGGAGCGGCUGCGGGAGCUGCUGAGCGACGAGCGGGACACGCUGGAGGCGGAGCUGCGGGCGGGCGGCGGGACGGAGCCGGAAGGGGAACGGGAGCGCUGCGCGGAGCUGAGGGCCGCCCGCGAGGAGCGCAGGAGGCGGGUCGCCGAGCGAUUGCUGCACCAGCACUGGAAGCAGAACUGCGCUGAGCUCCGGGAGGUGGAGUCAGAGCUGCACAAGAAAAGCGUGGUGGAGUCCUGGGGUGAGCAGCUGAAGCAAAAGCAGCAGCAAGGAGCAACAGAACUAGAAGAGAGAAAGCUUUGUGAAAAUGAGUAUGAAAUUGCACGAAGGGAGGCUCUGGAAAGAAUAAGUCAAGAGGAAGAGAAACGUCGGCUGGAAAACAAGAAACAAGCAGAGAUGUUGCUUCAACAGAUAGAAGAACUGAAGUUACGGGAGGCAGAGGCAACAAAGCUGAAGAAAGAACAAGAAGAUUUAUUAAAGCAGCAAUGGGAGCUGGAAAGCUUAGAAGAAGAGAGAAAACAAAUGGAAGAGCACCGGAAGAAGACUGAGCUUGGUCGCUUUCUGAGGCAUCAGUGUGAUGCCCAGUUGAAGAGACGAGCCCAGCAGAUACAGGAGGAGCUGGAAACAGACAGACAAAUCUUAUUAGCCCUCCUCGAGAAAGAAGAAGAGGAUCAGCGCCGCCAGUCUGAAAGACGAGAGCGAGCUGUUGCAGAUGCUGCCUGGAUGAGACGUGUCAUUGAGGAACAGCUCCAGUUAGAAAAAGAGAGGGAGGCAGAGCUACAGAUCAUUUUUAGAGAAGAAGCUAGAAAAAUGUGGGAGAAGAGGGAAGAACAAUGGGAAAGAGAGAAGAUGGCCAGAGAUCGCCUGAUGAAUGAGGUCCUUGCAGGCAGGCAGCGCCAGAUCCAGGAGAAGAUGGAGUUAAACAGACAGGCCCAAGAAGAGUCUAUAAAGCACCGAGAGCAACUGAUUAAAGAGCUUGAGGAGGCAAAAGAACUGACAAGGCGAGAGAAAGAGCAAGAGAAGGAACUGAAAACAGCUCGCAGACGGGAACUGGAAGCUCAGCUGACAGAACGGCGCUUACAAGAGCAAGAGGAGCAGGAACGCCAGAGGGAGGAGGAGGAGCAGGAGAGAUCAAACAAGCAGCGCUGUGCGGAGCUGGUGCAGCAGGAGGCCAGGAGCAUGGCUGAGCAGGGCUACUGCAGCAGGUAGCAGUGCAGCAAGGAAGUCAUCCUAAGGCUCAGGGGCAUCAGGAAGGAUGACAGCCUCAAAUGUGAAACUAAACGUUAGCAGUUGUUAAAGUUCUUGCAGCAGUGCGUCUGUGCUGUUCAAUCUUUUCCUCUUCUGUUGUGCUAAAAAUGAAUCCGAGUUUGUGUUACUCUGCUUAACCAAAUGCCCAGAAGACUAUGUUUCUCAUACUAAACUAGGAACAGGCAACUCUCUGUCAUUUAAUAGAUAGUAGCUAGAAGAGCCAGAGAAAGGUGGAAGGGGGAUGUUACUGCACCAGAGCAUCCACUAAAAGUGACUUAUUUUUCAUGAUAAUAGUCUGCAUUUGCUACUGUGUGUUCUUUGCCUGCUGGGCAGCGUGUGUGCAAAAUUAAUGAUAAAGCCCAUAAAGUAGC